AUGGUGUUGAUACUAGCAAUAGGUGACUUCCACAUACCAGGACGUACCAUCGACCUCCCAGCCAAAUUCAAAAAGCUGCUCGUCCCAGGCAAAAUCCAACAAAUACUCUGUACAGGAAACAUUACAAACAAGGAAACCCUCGACUAUCUACGCACGGUAGCCGCCGAUGUAUUAUUCGUCCGCGGAGACGUGGACGAGCUACCAACUGCAACGCAAUCACAACAUAAAGUCAUUACUCAGGGUUCAUUAAAGAUUGGCCUGACACAUGGACAUCAGAUCCUUCCUUGGGGUGAUCAUGCUGCUCUCGCUGCCACCGCCAGACAACUAGAUGUAGAUGUGCUUAUUACGGGUCAUACUCACAAGUUUGAGGCUUUUGAAUUGGAUAAUCGAUUCUUUAUAAAUCCCGGUUCUGCUACGGGGGCAUUCACGGGGCUAGUUGCUGGAAAUGUCACUCCCAGCUUUGUAUUGAUGGAUGUACAGGGUACAAAUGUCGUGCUCUACGUAUACAAGUUGAUUGACAAUGAAGUCAAGGUCGAGAAGCUGGAUUACUCCAAAAAGUCGUUUGAACCGUAA